GCCAUGGCCUCCGCCGGCUGCGCGCCGCCUCCCUGCCGCCCCCGCCACCUCCAGGUGGCGCUGCCGCUGGCUCUGCUGGCCGCUUGCUGGUCCGCCGCCGCUGCCGCCUCCGCAGCCGAGUGGAUGGGCGCCCUGGAGCAGGCGCUGCUGCUCGGCCUCAACUCCACGGACGAGUUCAGCUUCCGGGACUGCGUGUGGCGCAGAGGCAGCGACCGAGACGCCUGCCCUGACCCAGACGUCCACCUGUACCUCUACACCAGCGCCAACGCGAGCCGCGUGGAGGUGCCGCAAUCGCGGUCGGCGCUGGCGCGCGGCGAGUGGCUGCGAGACGCUGCGGGGAACGGCGGCGGCGGCGGCCUGGGUGGCCGGCAGCUGAUGCUGCUGGUGCACGGGUACGCCGGCGGCGACGGCCUGCUGCCCGCCGUCGUUCUGCGCGACGCGUACCUGCGCUCGGGCCGCUUCUGGGUGCUGGUGGCGGACUGGGGCGCGCUCGGCCGCCCCCCCUGCUACCCUGCCGCCGUGCACAACCUGCGGACCGCCGCCAGCUGCCUGGCGCGCCAGCUGUCCGCGCUGCGCCAGCUCGGCGGACUGGCGCCAGCCGCCUGCGUCGGCCACUCGCUGGGCGCACACCUCUGCGGCCUGCUGGCGCGACAGCUGCGCUUCCGCCUCCCCACGAUCAUAGGUCUUGACCCGGCGCGUCCGCUGGUGAGGGCGGCGCUGCGCCUCGCGCAGGGCGACGCCGGCCACGUGCAGACGCUGCACACCAACGCCGGCCACUACGGCGAGCUGGCCACGCCGCGCAUGGCGCACGUGUCCGUCUGCGUCAACGGCGGCCGCCUGCAGCCCUUCUGCCUCGACAAGACCGACCCACACCUGUGCAGCCACGUGCGCUCCGUCUGCCUGCUGGCCGAGACGCUGCAGGCGGAGGGUGCUCGCCGCGCCGCCCCCUGCGGCCGCCGCUGCGUCGCCCCCGCCUCCGCCACCGCUUCCGCCUCCAGCGCCGCCCCCGCGGGGAGAUCAGCCCACAGGCCGGGCAGCUUCCUCGCGGCGACCAGGCCCGGCGGUCUGCUGUUCGGACACCUCGCGCCCCCCAGCGCCAGCGGUUCGUUCUGCGUGAGCACGCCGGAGGGCGAGGAGCCCUUCUGCCCGCGCUUCGAGGGCGAUGCGGGCGACCGCCGCUGCUGCUCGCGAACGCAGGCGCUGCCGCCCGCCCCCGCCGCCCCCAGCGCGCCGCCCCCGGAGGCCGACCGCGGCUCGCAGGAGCUGCACGGCACGGCCGCCCCGCUGCUGGCGUGGCAGCUGGCCACGGCGGAGCCGGCGCGCCUCCAGCCCGCCACCGUCUCGCAGGGCUACGCGGCCGUCAAGGGCUGAGACUUCUACACCCACAUCCACACUCUCGAAGCUACCAAAGGGUGCAUGGGGAAGUGUACCUAGUGUUACUGCAAGCACUCCCUUUCCCGUUCCACUCGCAAUUGGAGCGACGGAAAAACGACUGUUUAUUUGCUUCCCUGUUAGUCCUGUUUUCUCUCGUCUUGUCUACAUUUCGUAGUGUAUAUAUACUAAGAUGGUAUCUGUUCUCUCGGACAUGUGGGAAAGAACAGAUGGCAACGCGCCGCGAGUAAUGAGUAUAAUGGGCGGGGGAACUACAAAUGUAGUGCGGGACAAUACGUUGAGAAUGUGGGUUUCGCGGGAGGCGUGCCAGAGAUAAAUCCUUGCACUCGCGCUAUCCUCUGUGUACUGUGAUGGAUAGCCGGCACGGUAGCUCAGCGUGUUCGGUCAGAGAGUUAGGUGCCCUCUGUAAUAAUAAUAAUAAUAAUAAAAAAAAAACUGAGUUGAUCGGUCAACAACGAACCUCAAUGGACGUCUUACGACGUCCGCCCCGAGCAGAUGCAACGAAGAAAUGCGAACAAAAUGGCAGACGCUCUAUCGAUUUUUUUUUCUAAUCCCAUGUAAGCAGGAGAUCCCGGGUUCGAGUCCCAGUCGGGGCACACAUUUUCAACUGUCCCCGUUGACAUAUGUCAACGCCUUUAAGCAGCUAAGGGUGUUCAUUUCAUUGUAAUUUCGUAGUGUAACAGACAGAGUCGCUGCCUCUAGAUCGCGGAGUCCCGCUUUCGAUUCCGGCCGGUGCGGAAAUUUUUUUCAUUUUCAGACUGUGCGUCAGUGUUGUGAGCAAACCACGGCUUCUCUACUACAACUUCACUCGCUCGUUCCAUUCAACGUCGCUUAGCGACGUCACACAUAGAAAUUUAAUCGAUGUGACUUUGUUAAGCUCUUCAGCUCUAAUCCUAUAUUGGAACAGUACAUGAUCAUUUUCCCACUUGCCUGCAUUAACUUAUAUGUUCCCACAUUUAGAGGCAGCCUCCACUCAUCACACAAUAUAGGUAUUUAUUUAUUUGUGCGGUUAAGUGUUUCUGCUUUACCGCAGUCGUCAAGAUCUACAAGUGAAAAAUGAAAAUUCAUACAUUUCAGAAUUUAUGAAACAUGGAAAUGAACAUAUUGAAAACAAGUGGGCUAACAAGUUAGUUACUAACUUAUGAGGAGAGGCAAAGAAAACGCCUGGUCAAAGCUACCUUAUUUUGCAAUAUUCACGUGCACAGUAGCCAAGAAGUAACGAGGAAUUUAAACUGUUGCUACUCUUUAUUCCUUACCGUCUUUUUAGACACGGUUUGAUCUGAGACACCUUAAUUACAUUUCUGCGUACCUUGCUAUGGGCAUUUUAUGUCAUUCUCCGACUUUACAUAUUUAUUCGCUUUCUUUCUCUUUGCUGUCGUACUUCAAACUUCAUUUUCGGUUGACUUCGUUCCGGCGAAUGGAGUCAGUGUUAUUGAGACUGUUGAUGUUGACUUUCCACACUUCAAUAAAUUGUGUUAUAGUUCGUGUUUCGCUAUUUAAAAGUAGUCUUUUAUUGACUGAGAAAGGGUAUUCAUUUUUAGAUUUUUCGCAUCGCAGACGUGGUAGAAUUUUCAUUUCUAUCAUCGGUCAUAAUUGUCGGUCUUUCCCAUUGAAGCGUCUUUAACUCCUGCACCAUUUGGUAAAGCUCCAAUAUUCAAAGAAAACUGACAACUUUAUUUGCUGCUUUUAAAAUAUUCACCAUAUUUAUUGUAAAGACGAGAUGAAGCCAGUUUACAUAUUCAAAGAAAUCCACGAGCAAUGUCAUUUUGCAAAGAAAUACGUUAUCUGUUAUUGUGGGUCAGGGACGCCUGACAUAAACAUAAUGAAGACGCUGUUGUAAGAAAAACUACUAAGCUGACGCAUGGACCAUAAUCGCACCUCUCUGUCUUACCCUGUAGACAAUUUCAAACUACCCCAUACCCCCCUCCACCCUCCUAACAAAAUGUCUCCCAGUUUGGGAUCCAUUGCCCUGAUGGCUGCUUGGUAAGACUGCUUCUUCCAUUCUGCCGAGACCCUUUUCAGCGCCUGAUACUUCCUGCACUUAAGUACUCUUCAUGUUUCAAUAUAUUUGUUUCUCAGAUCUACAUCUACCCCUCAACCUUUUUUUUUUUUUUUUUUUUUUUUGCAUUGAACUCUAUUCCUUAUAUCUUAAGAGAGCGGCAAAACUUGCGUGCUUUAUACUAUGUGUUUCCUAGAAGGCUUGUCUAUCUUUUAUUGUGUGUUGGAAUUCCCGCUUUUUUUUUCCUUCUAGUUUCAUCUUCUUCUGCGGACCCUCCUCCAUGUCCAUCUUUGCACCACUUUCAGUAGUUUUCUGUCUAUUUUACAUUUGUAUCUGGCUUUCAAUUCCAAUAAGCAUUUAAGGAUUUAGCAGAUGCCUCCCACGUCCUGAUGUGCCUGAAUUACCUCGUUGCCGGCCGCGGUGGUCUAGCGGUUCUAGGCGCGCAGUCCGGAACCGCGUGACUGCUACGGUCGCAGGUUCGAAUCCUGCCUCGGGCAUGGAUGUGUGUGAUGUCUUUAGGUUAGUUAGGUUUAAGUAGUUCUAGGUUCUAGGGGACUGAUGACCAAAGAAGUUAAGUCCCAUAGUGCUCAGAGCCAUUUGAACCAUUUUUUUGAAUUACCUCGUUGACUUUCUAAUUUCGAUAGUGGGGGGCCUGUCUUCAGAGACGAUGCUUCACAAAUAAAAAAAGUGUUUCAGUAGUGGAAUUUUCAACUAUGCGAGUCUGUGAUUUGCUGAUUACUGUCCCUUAGUGGUAAUAGUUUUAUUAUAUUAUUGUUCGACGACUGCUGCCAAUAUUGUCAGUAUUGCGUUCACUUUCAUUCCUGAAUGUGGCAGCGAAGCACUUCAACCCCAAGUGAGACACCUCAGAUGUGGAGAAAACCGUACACCCUGCAACCUGUCUGCCGACUCACCACUGCUGUGCUGACUUGGCCCGUGGCCAACAUGCUGGUCACUGAUUCACUUACAUUGCUUCAAGCAAUAUUUGUUUAGGACGUUAUUCCAGAAUUUAAGAGAACUGGGAAUUAUAAUUUAUUACAGAGUCGGUGCCAAACUGAACGAAUAUAAAACACAAUAAUAUAAAAUCUAUAGUAUAAUGUUAUUAUACUUAAUCACAAACUGGUCUUACAGUUUUAAAAUGACAGAACUAAGGAAACCACAUUUUCGUUCUUUUUCUAUCGCUGAACAGAGUGUAGCGUCUUUCACGAAAUAAAUAAUGAUACAGGAAGACAAAGAAAUGAUCAAAUAAAUUUGAAAUAUGAGAAGUGCUUUUUCUACAAAGUUAGCUUCACAGAACGGAUGGUGAAUUUAUUAGCUUUGAUAUCAAUCACAGAAUUAAAAAUUAAACAUUUUUGAGCUACAUUCGUGAUUUCUGAAUUAGUGUGGAAAAAAUAGAAUGAUGGAUAUAUAACUGUUAACUUGAAUACGUAAACCAACUAAAAACACAUUGGAUAUGUUACUAUUACAACAACAUAAAACAUGUUACUGUUUCAUUUGAAGGACAUUUUUAGAACAUUUGGUAAAAUUCUGGAGAUGAAAUGUUUUAUACUACAGUGGAGAGCAAUUUCUGUACAAUUACAGUUAUUUCCUGAUUGUUUCAAAUUUGUUGAAAAUUCAAACUUAAUAGAAGCACGUAUGUGGAAGAAUUUUAGGAUAUUUUAUGAUGAAGACUUUAAAAAAAAACGAAAAAUGAAAGCUUUAAUUAUAAAUUAUGGAUUUGUAUUGAUAAGCAUUCGUAGAUAAGAAGGGUUUAAAUAACUUUGUAAAAAUGAGGAAAUGGUGUAUUUUGGAACAAAAAAGUUCAAGAUAAACUUAAGAAAAAGUGUUUAAAGAACUAUGUAUCAAAAGAAUAUUUUGUAGUUAUUGUACAGAAUAUUGUAACAGAUUGAAAACAAUACCAAAAUAUAGUUUGAGUAAUUUUGUAACAAAUGAAAAAAUAAAGUUUUUGUAAGAAAAGGAAA